AUGAAUUUAACCAAAUUUUCGCCAAAAAAAUUGGGUACACACAGUGGCAUAUUCCACUGCGAUGAAGCUUUCGGUUCAUAUAUGCUACAAUUAUUAUUUCCUGACUUAGAAAUAAUUCGUACAAGAGAUGAAAAACUGUUAGCUGAGUGCGAUAUCGUAAUCGAUGUUGGUGGCGUGUAUGAUCACAGUAAACGUCGCUAUGAUCAUCAUCAAAGAAGUUUUGAUCAUUCAAUGAGCACACUAAUACCCAAUGCCAAAUGGACAACGAAAUUGAGUAGUGCAGGUUUGGUAUACUUACAUUACGGCCAUGAUGUUUUGAAAACAAUUAUAGCAUCCGAUGUACCAGAAGAUAAAUUAAAUACUAUUUAUUCUAAAGUAUAUGAAUGCUUUGUGCAAGAAGUAGAUGCUAUUGAUAAUGGUAUUCCAAUAUGUGAAGGUGUGCCAAAAUAUAAUAUACACACACAUUUGAGUAGUCGUGUCGGUAACUUCAACAAAAAAUGGAACCAUGCUGGAAAAUUUGACGAUAUGGAAGCAUUUAAAAAGGCAAUGCAAUUGAUUAAAUGUGAAUUUGAAGAAACUGUACUAUAUGCAUAUCAAACAUGGUUACCAGCCAGGUCAUUGGUAAUCGAUGCACUGGAGAAACGAUACCAAACACACAAGUCUGGUCGUGUAAUAGAGUUCAGUACACCAUGUCCUUGGAAAGAACAUUAUUUUGUAUUAGAAGAAGAACUUGGUGAAGACCUUUUACCAAAAAUUGAUUAUGUUAUUUUUGAAGAUAGCUCCAAUGAAACUUGGAGAAUACAGUGUAUACCUAUAACUCCUCAUUCGUUUACACUUCGAAGACCAUUGCCAAAAAGUUGGUGGGGUAUCAGAGAUGAUAAAUUAAGUACAAUUUCUGGAGUAGAAGAUUGUAUUUUUUGUCAUGCCAAUGGAUUCAUUGGUGGUAACAAGACUAGAUUAGGAGUACUCAGUAUGUGUGAAAAAGCCAUUGAUUGA